GUUUUCUGGUGUUUAUCCGGAAAACCCCCGUUUCAGUUUCAUAUAAGAAUUGUUCUACGUUCAUUAUUGUCGAGUUAUCACUUUUUCUGUGCGGCUGUCAUGUGACGUUUAAGCUCCUGUGUAUAGAGCGUAAGGUGACGCGGGAAGACUUCCGGCUGUGGCUGAUGUAGCUUCCCUUGCGCCCUGCCUGUUCCUAUACCGCACUUGCAAGUGGCGCGCUCUGUUUUCUCGCGCCCUCCUCGCCGCCGCAUGGCGUCGGUUUCCGGGUCCCCCGCGGCGCUGAGCGCCGAGCAGGCCAAGGUGGUGCUGGCGGAGGUGAUCCAGGCGUUCUCCGCCCCCGAGAACGCGGUCCGCAUGGACGAGGCUCGAGACAAUGCGUGCAACGACAUGGGCAAGAUGCUGCAGUUCGUGCUGCCCGUGGCCACGCAGAUCCAGCAGGAGGUUAUCAAAGCCUACGGCUUCAGCUGCGACGGCGAAGGUGUCCUUAAGUUUGCCCGCUUGGUCAAGUCCUAUGAAGCCCAGGAUCCUGAGAUCGCCAGCCUAUCCGGCAAGCUGAAGGCACUGUUCUUGCCACCCAUGACACUGCCACCCCAUGGGCCUCCUUCCGGUGGCAGUGUAGCUGCCUCCUGAGAGUCUCCUCUCCACUGCCAGGGAAAGGAAGGCCUAGGUGUUUCCGAGGACAAUAAAUGUGCCUGUCCUUGA